AUGAAUAGCACUGAAAAUUGCCCCGUCUGUAUAGUGCCUCCCAGGGCCGAUGAAAGAUAUUGUUAUUAUACACGAAAACAAAAUCUUCAUCAAAGUUUGGUUCAUAUGCAAGUUCAAAAAGGACAUCUAUUGUUGAUUAGAAUACUUUCUAUAUUGCCCAUGUGCUCACAUAAUCCUACCAGUAUCUUGUCCGAGUCUUCAUAUGUUGUAUCUGAGGUUGAUGACGCUCCCUGUGGCUACAUAUACGUAGUCAAUCGUUUAAGAUUGUCUGUGAUAUUUGAAUCUGAUGAAGAACAGGCCGAUACUAUGGCAGACUUGCCAAACAGUGUCUACCAAAACAUCAGAGAGUUUAAACGGGCUAUUCUGACCAAAAGAUUCUAUAAUCAACCUGAACCAAGUUCGAACUUCGUGGAACUAUCGUUAAACAAUAUCCUUAGCUCAACAUACCUUCUUCAUGGUACGGACCGUAUCAAGAACAAAGGCUCUGAGCUAAAUUUAAUAGCUACAUCCGUUUCAACCUUUUUGUCGCCGUUCUUCUCUUCUCACGAUGAUGUGCAGAUGGAGUUCGACUCUAUUUCAUGGGUGUACAAACAACAAGAAGUUGUGGACGAGAACAAAUUACGUCCCGAUAUUUUGAUUCAUGCCAGACAGCAUGGUCAAGUAAUUGAAGUUGCUUGCGGAGAAGUUAAGAAGCCUGGUGUGUCUCAAGAGCGUCUAAACAAAGAUAGAAUUCGCGUAUUGGAGAUGAUGAAAAGGCAGCUCCAUAUCCGAUUAAAAUAUGCCAAAGCUCACUAUGAAACAGUGACAUUUGGAAUUUUGGUUCAGGGUUUUUCUGUCGUACUUAUUCAGAUGACCCUUGAUUUGACAAAAGGUGUGUAUAUCUAUCAAGAACAACCACCGUUUCCCUUGCCAACGACUUUCGAGACGUACUCUCACAUGGACACGUCUAUGGAAUUCAUGCAAACAUUCAAGGGGAAAAUGAUCGAUUCUUUGUUGAAGCCCGAAGACAAUAAUAAAAGCCAGAUUUGGGAAGAAUACAAGGGCCAUCGCCCGUACAUGUCAAUUUCAGUCUGUAUAAAUUUAUCAAAGUGCCUGCGGAUAAACAUUAACAUUAAAUUUUACUGUCAUUCUAGAUCACAUCCAUCUGUGGGUUCAGUUAAAUCUAUUCCCAGAGUUUACCAUUCAAUUAUGCUCAGUGAAGAAAAAAUAGAGAGUGGGGGUGUCACAGCAAGGAUAGCCGUCAAGCUCCUGGAAAUUGCUACGGACCAGCGGGUCUCAUACCUUUCAAAUAAGUCCUUGAGUAUGCGAGGGCUGGGGUGUCACAUUGCAGCCAAAUGGCCACGCUGUCAAGUCCGUUUGAGCGAUGCGUUUGCAAAUCACUGA